UCAGCAGCGAUUGAAAUCGCCUCCACACCGUCUCAGCAACCAAAGUCAAAGUCAAGCCACACUUUCCUUUCCUACCAGAACACCUCCUAGAUACCACCAUGGAUCUUGCGAAUACGCUCAUUCGGACUGUAGUCCGCGCCUUCUACGAGACCCGCCACAUCUUGGUGGUUGAUGCGCUUUUCAUCCAUUCGGUACUCCAUGCCGAAGACCUCGCGUUUCUCCUAGGCAUGCAACAGAAAGAUCUCCGGAAGCUAUGCGCCAAAUUACGCGAGGAUCGUUUAAUAUCAGUUAAUACACGAGCAGAAAUCCGAGACGGUUCAACUCGCCCCGUUAAUCGUGAAUACUAUUACAUUCCGCUACACCCGGUCAUCGACGCUAUUAAGUUCAAGAUCUCAAAGUUAACAUCAACGAUCAAGGCCCAGUAUACGCCGAGCGAGGAACGGAAGGAGUAUAUAUGUUUAAGAUGCGGGGCAGAAUGGACGGAACUUGAUGUGCUGAGCUUGUACUCUGAGGAAGGGUUCGAAUGCCAAAACUGCGGGGCUAUUCUCGAGCGGACAGAAGAUGUAAAGGGGGCGGAAGGGAUUGACCGUACAGGCCAUGAGAAGAACAGCAAGCUUAUGGCUCAACUGGACACUAUGUUGAAGCUGCUCAAACAAAUCGAUUCUGUUGAAAUCCCACCAAACGACUUCGAUACCGCUUGGGAUCAUAAGAUCGAUGUUGUGCGAAACCAGGCUACUCACCCGACACGAGCUGCAGUUGUUGUGCCAUCCAAGAAACAGGAAGCUGUUCGCGGUAACACUAAGACCGAUGCCGGGGCCCUUGAGAUCUCGCUCACAUCCAGCGAAGAAAAGAGCGCUGCCGAGCAAGCGGAAGAGGCCGCACGCAAGGCCGCCGUAGAGAAGCAGAAUGCGCUCCCAGUGUGGCAUACACAUUCGACUGUGUCUACAAGCGCAGGAAAUCUUAAUACGGUGAAGACGGAGACGGACGUCGACUUGAAGUCCGAGAUCAAAGAGGAAGAAGACCGAAAGCCGGAGCUCGAUGCCCUCGACGACAAAGUCGCCGCCUACUAUGCCGAAAUGGAAAGGGAAAAGGCUCUUCAGGCCCAGGAAGAUUCCAGCAGUGCAGAAGACGACUCCGACGAGUUCGACGAAGAAUUCGAAGAUGUUGGUGGUGUUUCUGCGAGCGACACUGCGUCACCGGCCAUUGGCGGGACUAGCGCUGGUCCUACCAGUGCACCUACGAACACAACGUCCACGGGAAUAAAGCGCGAGUUCGAUACAGAUUCUGGAACCAGUGCUCCUCAAACAGCUUCAGCAACACCGUCUGCUACUGAUGAAGGCCCAGCAGCGAAGAGGGUGAAAGUCGAACCGGAGGUCAAGAAAGAGGAGUCUGAUGAAGAUGACGACGAGGAAUUUGAAGAUGUUUGAGGCAGCUUGACUCAAAAUAUGCCUUGAUGAAGGUGAAACUCUACCAUGCAGUCGACUUCAGCCCCCUUCGGCGCAGGCGCCCGGAAGAAGAAUUUCUGCCGGGGGGUAACGGCACAAUGACGAAAAAAGAGGAGUAUAUGUAUGAUAUUAACUUAACGAAGGUCUAAAAGGAAGAACAUGAAUAGACUGAGCCUUCGCUUCUUUCUCUUUCUCAAAUUUCUCACAUUUGUGUAGACUUAUACUGGCUCUGCCUUGUCUUUCUCCAAACGUUCUUGUUGGCUCGAAUAGCAGUCAAGACAUCUUUGUAUUAUAAGGAGUCUAAAUAAAAACAAUCGAAACCAAAUCCACAAUGUAUGAUUC